AUGCCUUCUGCUCAGGUGGCGCCUCAGAACUCCCGCAAACGCCGCGCUUCACCCCAGUCAAGUGCCGCAGCAGCCAUGGCUGCACCAGUCACUUCUGCUUCAGCAGAUGCAACACAGACCCCCCAAAGUGCCCCAGAAGCGGCCCCAAAGAAGAAAGGACGGACCAAUACUCCGUGGACGGCGGAGGAAGAACAGAGACUCAAGACGAUGCGCGACGCGGGUCGCAGCUGGAGCGAGAUUGCCAAGACCUUUCCCACCCGAACUGAGGGGAGUGUGAAAAAGCACUGGAUAUGCAUUAUGCUGAGUUCGCAGAAGAAGAGGUACUGCCUGAAUGAUUAUUGCAUGAUCUUUGCGCGUUGA